GUUCUCGCUCGAAACCCAAAACCCUCUCUCCCUCUCUGCAACUGGCCGUCAUCCUGCCUCGGCUCCGUCGAUCUUCGACGCGAUUCGGAGCUGCUCGAUUCCUUCCCCCGGCCACUUUCGCAGAUGAUAAAGCGCCGGUUCUUUAGGGUCGACCACGGCGGCAAUGACGGCGGCUCCGACUCCUCCUCGUCGGACUCGGAGCCGGAGCUCCAGCCGGAAGUCGCCGGAGAAUCGGAAGGCGAUGACGACGACGACGACGAUACUGGAGAAGCGGAAGCGAAGGUCGAUCCCGAAUCUCCCUCCUCCUCCUCAUCCGGAUAUGAGAGCGAGGAUAGCUCUGUCAAUGAGGUCGGCGUUGACUCGUUAGGUUUAUUAGUAAAUGAAGAAGAUGACGAAAGUGGAACUCGUUUGCCACUAAUUGAUGACGGUCAGCUGUCUUCUAAAGGACGUGAGGACAGUACAGAGCCAAAGGAUGAGACCGUGGAUGAAAAGGAUCCAAUUCCUGCUGAUGCUCUUGAAUAUAUCUUGUGUUCCAAGUCUGUUUUCAAGUGCAGGAUAUGCCCAAGAGUUGUCUGCCUGAAGGAAGACACUUUGAAGACCCAUCUUAAAUCCAAGAAGCAUUCUCGAUCUGAAAAAUUGCUUAAAGAAGGUCGGCUAAAAGCAAUGCUCAACAGUGAUGGGGAAAUUGAGCAUCAAGAGACAGCUGCAGAGAUGCAUGCCCGGGUCAUAGCUUUGGCACAGAAUGUCGGCAAAAAGAAAAACAAAGGGCGACAGAGGCAGAGAUCAAGAAAAAGGAAAUCGGCGGAUGACACCAACCUUGGAAAUGAAAGGCAGCCAACCAAAUCUCCUGCCAAGAAACAGCGGAAGAAAUGAGGAAAUUGUUUUUUUUUUGCCGGGAACGAGUAUAGAUGUUUGCCAAGAAAUUUGUCGGGUGCUUUUUGUUUGUUUUCCGGUUUUCUUCUUCAGAGUAUUCUUGCCUAUUUGUUUGGAUGUUACUGAGAAAAUGAAGCCUCCCCUGGAUGACAAAUCCAUUACUAGAAA